AAUCGAAGUAGAAAUUUUAGAUUUAAACGACAAUAUGCCAGAGUUCGAAGCCGAUUUCUACAAUAUAUCGAUUGUAGAAAAUCUACCCACCGGCUUUAGUGUCCUGCAAGUCAAUGCCGUGGAUCGUGAUCAAGGUGAAAAUGCUGAAUUCCUCUACAAUCUCAAAGAGAAACCCGAUGCGAAGGGUGCAUUCUGCAUCGAUUCUCGUACGGGUUGGAUAACAGUUCAUGACGAUCGUUUAUUGGAUCGUGAAAAACGUAAAUCGAUACAUUUAGAAGUUGAAGCUCUGGAACGAAUGCCAUCGUAUAUGGAUGAUAUUAAUUCAAAGAAACCACCACCGAAUUCGGUGAAAGUGGAAAUAACCCUGCUCGAUCAAAACGAUAAUACACCGAAAUUUGAAAAUGGUAAUUUAUAUGAAUUUAAGGUACCCAUAACCGCGUCAGUGGGCUAUGUGGUGGGACAGGUAUUGGCUCGAGAUCCCGAUGAGGGACCGAACGGUAUGUUAUUGUACGAUAUGCAAAGACCAAAGAAAAGUGGUUAUAUACCAUUUCGAUUGGAUAGUAAAAAUGGUACAAUUUAUGUGUCGGGGCCAUUGAGACGGGGGCGUAUUGCGGUGUUUGUGGAGGCCAGUGAUCAGCCUCUAAAUCCCUCGGAGCGACGUUUCUCAUUGGCUGUUAUUACCAUCGAGGUAUUUGCCACCUUGGAUGACCAGUCGAUUGACUUCAUUGGUGCUCCCUAUGAAUUUUGGAUAGGCUCGAAUGCCCCGCUCGGUACUUCGGUGGGACAAGUACGCACCACCCUUCUAUAUGAUGGUGAUGAUGAUAUUAUGUAUGAUCUGCUGCACACAUAUUCCGAAGGUGUUCCAUUUGCCAUUGAGGAGAGAUCGGGAAUAAUUACAGUUAUCCGUGAAUUGCAGGAAUUUAAACGGAAGGUUUAUCAUUUUGAAGCGGUUGCGAAUUAUCUCUUUGCAAAUGCCACUCAACCAUUAAUUAUGGCUCGUAGCAAGGAACCCUUGACCACGGUACCAGCACCAGAUUUAACAGAUGAAGGUGUCCUCAUAACAAAUGUUACAAUACAUGUCAUCAGCAAACCGGAUAAUCAAGUGCCAUUGAGGCCUGUAAUAGAAGAAAUCAAUAUGAACAUAAUCAAAUUCCACAUAGAGGAGAAUAUCGUUGGUGGCAUUAUUGGACAAUUGCUCUACAAGAAUGGCAUAAAUAUUGUGAAUAAUGAUCUUGAAUCCUAUCGGAGUUUACAAGCAGCACCGUCGGCGACAACAACAGUAGUAUCAUCACUAUCCGAAACCAAUAUCACUUUAAAUUCCCGCUUCCGCAGUAAAUCUCCACGACGGCAAACACGGAAACGUCUACCAAGACGUUUGGCGCAGGAUAGCAACAUCAAGCUACGCUAUAUUAUUGCCAAUCAGCAGGAGGUUAUAAAUAAAAUCUCCAUAACCGAGGAUGGUACCCUGUUGACUGUGACGGGGUUGGAUCGUGAACAAAAAGAUAAAUACGAUUUGACGGUGAUUGUGGAAUAUACCACGGGAUUGGUGAGCGGUGCGGGUAUUUACCAAGUUGAGGUCAAAGUGGACGAUGUCAAUGAUAAUGCACCGGAAUUUAAUGAUUUGACCUAUAUGGGUUUGAUAAAGGAGAAUAGUGCGAAAGGUUUUGAGGUGGCAUUGAAUCGUCCGAUUGUUAUCAAGGAUAAAGAUUUGGGUAAAAAUGCUGAAUUUAAGGUGGUCGUGCAGGGUGACUAUAGUGAUUUGUUUGAUGUGACCUGGGUGCAGCAGGAAAAUGCAUCAGUGUUGACCAAUUUACCCAGGAGACCGGAGCUAUUUAAUAUUUAUAAUUUAUCGGAUCAAUGGAAUUAUGAUUUGAAAUUUUUGGAGAUGCAAGCAGAUUUGAAACCAUUUAAUCUCAGGAUGAAUAAUCAACCGUUCUUCAAGGUCUCGUAUUCUGGAAGCCGUCCUCUGGAUCGUGAAAAGGAUCAGAUUUAUAAUUUGAAAUUAUUGGCAAUUGAUACGGGCGGUUUGACUUCGUAUGCGAAUUUAAAUAUUUUGAUUGCUGAUGUCAAUGAUAAUGCACCGAUUUUUGAGAGGAUAUCGGUAUUCAAAGAUUCGAGGGUGGAGAUCAGAGAGUAUACCACCGAUAUGGAAAUUUAUUUUGUGGAAUCCUCCAUGGCUUCAAUGCCGAAUAUGAUGGCUUCGUUGACCAGUAAUAUUGUGGUGCCACCGUAUUUUUUGCCAGGUUCCCCGAGACUGAAUGGGGCCGAGGGGAGUUUUAAUGACACACAAUCUCCGCUGAGGCCGAGAUCAAGAGCCCGGAGUAGAGGAAGGCCAAGGAUCGCUCGAGCCAUGGGAGGCUUAAGUAAAUGUCCAUUGUUUGCAAUCUAUGAGGAUACCCCGCUGCUGAAGAAAAUUCUACAGGUCACUGCUUCGGAUGAGGAUUAUGGCCGAAAUGCCCAGGUCCAUUAUGAAAUUGUGGCGGAAAGUAUUGAUAAGCUGUAUGGAGGAGGUGGAGCCACCCCGCUACCCAGUAAAUUCAAUCAACAUCGAUUUUUUGCCAUUGAUAAGCUGACAGGGGAGGUUAUGAUCAACUAUCCACUGGUGGCCAAUGUGGAGAUUCUGCUAAAUAUCACUGCCAGUGACAUCGAUAACCUCAAGGAUUCAACAUGCUUACGCUUUACCAUUAUUGAUGUGAACAAUCAUGCUCCAGUUUUCAAAAAGACUUGGUAUAGUUUCGAUACUGCCGAGGGAGAAUACAAAGAUUCGGUGUUGGGUCAGGUUCUGGCAGUGGAUUUGGAUUUUGGAGAAAAUUCCAAUGUCUCGUAUGCCCUAAGUGAUUCGGAAUUGCCGUUUAGAAUUAAACCCUUAUCGGGUGUCAUCAAAAUAUCCGGAUCUCUGGAUCGUGAGCUAAGAGAUAAAUAUACCUUCCAUGUUAUAGCUUAUGACAAUGCUGAACCUUUAUAUCGUCUCUCAUCCUCGGUGGAGGUUGAGGUCAAUGUCCUGGAUGUUAAUGACAAUAAACCGGAAUUUAUUGGCUAUGACGACCUCGUCAAGGGCGAUUUAUAUAUACACGAUUUCGCCGACAGGACCAUGAAGGUACCCCUGUAUAAAGCCUUCCUCGAUCGUAAUACCAAACCGGGGGCUUUUGUGAAACAAGUGAAUGCUCUAGACAAAGACUACCUCGGCAAUGGAAAUGGUUUGGUUUUAUAUUCCAUUCUGCAUCACGACUCUCUGCCCAUCUUCAACAUAGACUCACGGGAAGGUAUCAUUACCACAAUUUCCGAUUUUAAGGGAUACAACAACUAUGGUCACCUAAAUGUUACCGUAAUUGCCUCAGACUUGGGUAGCCCCUCCCUCACCUCCACAGCCAUUGUUUUAAUCAAUCUACAAGGUCAGGUCAUUGUGGAGACAACCACAACGCCGAAACCCGAAGAUCCCUUCCUGACGGGGAAUUUAUCCAUCUUCCAACAUCAGUACUAUGAAAUACAAAUUCAGGAGAACAAUGAAUCUCCCACCGAAUUAAUGAAAUUAAAUUUCACCAAGGGUUUCAAUCCAGAAACCUAUAAGUGGACACUAUGGGUGGAGGAGGGACAAGACAGCCAACAGGAUGCAUAUCCUCCCUUUGAAUUUGAUCCGAAAUUAUCUACACUAUACGCACUCAAAUCUUUCGAUCGUGAACAAGUUGACCGUUAUCAGAUACGCCUGAAAGGUGAAAAGCCAAAUCGUGAAGGACGUACCUAUACCCGUCUAGCCUAUCCGGUGGUUGAUGAACGUCUCGAGGGUUUGGAACACAACGAGUGUCGCAUACUCAUCAAAAUUCUCGAUGAAAAUGACAAUUCACCAACAUUUAAAACUGCCGGACAGCCAAUCAUUGCAGUGGUACCACGAACCGCCUCAUUUGGUUAUCCCAUUACGCGGGUGGAAGCCACGGAUCCGGAUUAUGGUCUAAAUGCAGAAAUCAGAUAUCGAUUACUCAAUGACCAUUCGAGGCUAUUUGCCAUCGAUGAAACUAGUGGAAAAAUUCGACUCAUUAGUACAAUUGAAUCGGCUUCGGAUAGGGUAUAUGGUUUUGAUGUUAAGGCCAUGGAUCGUGCUGGGGCCGAUGAUGGUCGUAGCAAUAUUAUAAAUGUCUUUGUUUAUGUCAUCGAUGAGAAGAAACAAGUCCGUAUUGUGGUGGCGGGUAAGCCGGUCGAUGUGGAAAAGAAAAUCGAUGCAUUGAUGUUGACGCUGAGUGAUGCCAUUGGAAUGGAGGUGCGUGUACGUCUAUUGGAACCACAUAUCGGGAGUGCGGAACCAGCAACUGAUGCCUACAUUUACGCAGUGGAUUAUCGAACCAAUUCAAUUGUUGAAAUGGAGCAACUGCAAGAGUCAUUGUCCACAAUUCAGUUGGACACGUUGCAAUUGCAUCAACAACAGCAGCUGCAACAGAAUGCCCAAAAUGGCUAUUGGGAUGUAAGCAAGACAAUGCCGCGUAUCAUUGAGUUGGCUGAGCUGGGUAAAAUUCCCCAUAAAUCUACACAUAGUGCAAAUUUUUGGAGCAGUUUGGAAAUAGUUGCUAUUGUGUUGGUGGCCUUUUGUGGCGUGGGAUCGGUGUUGACGGCUUUGUGUUUUAUGUGUAUGCGGCAAAAACGUGGUUUAUGGUCUCAACAGGAAUUUCCAUCAUCUGAAACUGGUUUAACAUAUACCAUAGCACGUGCUGGCCUGGAUACAUGUCGUAGACGUCGCCAUCGGACACAUCAGCAAGCUGUGGCAGCUCAAGAACAACAAUUGCAUCAACAGCAGUUGCAACGUCAAAGUCAACAAUCACUAUGUUCCUCGGCGAAAACUCAAUCGACCGCAUUGGCAACACAAAAACUAACACCGACGCCGGCACAACCGGAAUGGACACAACAACAGCAGUUGCAGCAAAAAGCUCAAAGCCUCCAACAAAGUCUAUCACAAACACCAACAAAUAGUUCACAUCAGCAUCAACAUUUUCAUCAUUCGCAUUCCCAUUCACACAUACAUCAACAUCAGCAUCAAUCGCUGCCGUCGUUACAGACACCACCGCAGCAGACGCAUCACUAUUUGCCACAGGUGCAACAUCAUCAUCAGCAUUUGAAUAAUGAAGUAGAGGAUCCCUUCUAUUUGUAUAUUUUUGACAAAAUUAUGUCUGUUUUUAAUAUUAGACCACGUCCACCACGAGAAUAUAUCGAUGUUCCUCUGCCGAAAUCCGUAGUUAAAUCAAUAGCCUUAAGAAAUGCCGAAGAGGAGGCCUCAUCGCCAUCACCUUCAUCACCGUUUGUGCUAAAAUACAAUUCCUGCCAACCGGUCAAUAAUAUGAAUAUCUCACCCCAUUCCUUCGAGACCUCUAUGUUUUCGCUGCAUUCCAGUGGUCAAGAUUCGGGUGUUGAUUUUGUGAGUAGUCGAGAAUUAUAUGAAACAUCACCGGAUUCAUUUGAUUCGCAGCAGUCGAAGAAGCCGUCACAUAAAUCCCUGUGUCCGCGUCAUGCCAAGGAACAUUUGGAACAGAAACACAUAAAGACAAGUGGUUCGAAGCUGGAUUUAAAUAAUACAGAUUCAAGUGAUAAUUAUGAAGAUUCUUUACAGAAUGAUGAUGCUCUAGUUGUCAGCAACUGUCGAUCGCUAUGCGAACAUCAACUUCAACAACAUCAACACCAGCAGCAACAACAACAGCAGUCGCAACAUCAACAGCUCCAUCAGGAACUCUAUCAAAAUUCACAAUUCGAAAAGAAAUCCUGUGUUCGGCAUUCAUUUUCCGGUGUCAAAGAUGAUCUAAUGCAAAAUUCCCCUGGGAUAUCGUUAAGGGCUCGUGGUCAUAUCCUGCGUAAUUCGAUGAAUGAUUUAGAGCAGCGUUUACACAAUUUGGAGCAAUCCUUUAAGCGACCGUUGGAUUAUAAAACGAAAGAUAAUUCAUUGCAAUUUUAG